UACAUUGGAAACUCGUGACAGCAGUUUAGUUAAUUUAACUAUAUAAUAAUACGAGGAAACGUAUCAAGUAAACUACAUCAAAGAAAUUAUUAUAGUUUUACGAGUUUCUUCACAUUCGUAGUCACCGGAAAUAAAAAAGGAUUGCGCUCUCUCGUGUUUCCUUUCUUUCCAACUGCCAGACACACUAAAGAGAGACGGAGACAACAUGGAUCCAAAUACUACGAUUCUCCGAGUGAAAAGAAAAAGGGGAACCGACCCCGCAGAUGCUUUGCUGCUGGCAUGCAAACGUAUCCGUCCCGAAACGUCCCAGAGCUCAGGCGAAACGGUACCUGAGCCCAACGAAGCCGAAGUGGAAAACUCUGUCUUCAAACUCGUGGCGACCGUAGCAACACAGGAAGCUCCCGUUCAGACGCAGGUUCGACAGGCUUUGGCUCGGCCUCGCACGGCGCAUGCACUGCGUCCCUCUGCUGCCAGCUCACAGCGGAUACUUGGUGAUUUACGCAGCACAAAGUGGAGUACUCGGAGAGAGGAACGCUACAGAAUACUCUCAAGCCACCGUGCUGGUCUGUCAGCCCCAGCAGAGCAACAGACACCACAGAUGGGUGCUUCUGAGUGUGUAGAGGAAACGGGGAAAGAGACGGACAAAUGCUGGGGGCUGGGUGAAAUCCAGGUGGUGGAUCUGAUCCAUGAGGAUGGAGAGGACCAGGAUAAACCUUCAGGCAAGAUACUGUCCUCAGAACCAGAUGAGAUUCUCUGUAACAACACCAAGAUGCUGCGGGAGCGUCUGAGCAUAUCUGGAGAUAGACUGGGGGAAGAGCACCGAGAGCAGGACGAUGGCUACGUCUAUGAUCUUUACUACCAGGAAACGGUCACCCCAGGGUGGAUCCAGGACAUCCUGUCUGUCAGAGCCUAUGCUGAUGAGGGAGAACUGGUUCCUGACCUUGUGGUUCAUGAAGAGGAAGUGUAUGAAGAUGAGGAUGAUGAGAACGAGGAAGGCAACUGGAGGAAUGACUACCCUGAUGAGGAGAGCAAUACAGACAGUGACAGAGAGGAGCGCUAUGGUGGAUACUGGGAGGAGGAACACUCCUACAGCAGGAGGAGCUGGCAGCGCUACCAGAGGGAAGUGAUGCAUGAGCUGGGCUGCCGUGGUGACGACGACGACAACGGCGAUGAUGACGAUGGAGACAAAUAUGAUUCCGAUUGAUCUGCUCUUCACCCCACUUGUAGUGGAUCUUUCCAGUUACCUUUCCACAAGUAACCCUUUACUCUGUGCAACAUCUGUGUAGCAGAGACUGAAAAGGUUAUAAAGAAAUCACUUUUCACAGUGUAGCAGUUUAUGUGUAGCACUCAACAAAUGGGCAACCUUUCUGGAAAACACCGGGAAACAAUACCUUGGUUAAAAACGUGCCAAAAGUAUUUUGUCACAGUUAUGAAGUUCAGUGGCCACUAACUGAUCAGAUCAUUUUCCUACACAGAUGGUGAUGGAGUAGGUGAGUUAUUUGCAGAAGGGUCCCGUGUGUCCUUUUUGGUUUUUUUUAAACUGUGGUGGAGUGAAUUCAUGUGUGGAUGUUUGUUCAAAGUGGAUGUGUGUUAGAAAAUGUUGCACAUUAGUGUGGUAUGCCUCGUAUGCUUUGUGCUCUUAUCCUUCUGUUAGUGAGACGUCUCGGGCCGCGCGUGGUUGCAGUUUAGGGUGUUUGCAUUUUGUGCAUGGUAGUGCGUGAACGUAUAACUGUGUUAGAUUUUUUUUUUUUUGCAUAAUGUGAAAGCGUGGUGCAUCAAUUCUGUUGUGGGUGUGCGAGUUGGGUUCAGAAAAUCUCCUCUGGAGUUUAAAUUGUUUCUCUUGGAUGCCUGUUCUGUUAAGGUUUUUGUAAAUAUGUAGAUGUGUAUAAAAGAAAAGCUUUCAAAAUAAACAUGAAACAUCUCAGUGUCAGUUUGUCCUGCAUUCUAAAGAAGAGGUUAAAAUGUAUUACUAUGCCAUAUCAUUGGUUUGUAAAACAUG